AUGCUGGCUGAUUUCACACAGAACUCAGGUCUACGCAAAGGUCCGCAAGCUGCGACCAAAGCACUUGAAGCUGAAUGCCGAGCUGCCUAUAACAAACUUGCUCUUGAGAUGAACGCAGUCCAUGAGUUGGAGCGCCGGCUUGAUCUUAUGAAGUGCUGGACACCUGGUGAUCCCGAAUAUCAAGAAGCGCUCAAAUAUUUGAAUAAUCGGCAGUUUAUACGUGUGGUUCAACAUCUUGAAGGACUUGUUGUGCAAAGAUUGUUUGAACUUACCAAGGCUAACUUGGCCGGUACAGACAUACUGAAGUUUAGCGAGGUUGUAUCAUAUGCGUGGCUUGGCAAGUUUGAGCUGCUGAAAAGCUCACGGCAGGAAGUCUUAACCAAACCUUGGGUCUCAAAAGCCAACAGGGAGGUGGCAGGCAAAUACUUCAGGAUAGUUUGUGUGCAUGAAGAAAUUGAAUGUCUCAAUGUUGAGAUCUCUCAUCUUCAAAGCCAACCUGCACUUGCCUGUGAGAUCCACCAUCUACACGAUAAACGUGUGCACAUGAACAAUGUUCACCAUGCGCACCUCCAGGUGAUAUAUGCAAUGCCAGGUUUUAGCAGUGUUUGUGUGCUGGAGACCUCUAAUGAUGCAAAUGAGGGUGCAGUGAUCAACGAGCUACAGAGAGCUGCACCCAUCGAAGUUGAUGAAGAUGAUAUCUCAUUAAUUCACCAUUUGUCCAGCUCCAUCUCUGAAUCCAUCUACAAACAAGCCUCCAAAUUUAUGUUCAACUCCAAAGUAACCAAACCUCUGUCCAUCACCACCAUAGCACAGGAUGUGUUCAAGUUAGUAUGGGUCACUUAUCACGGUGACACUGGAGGCCCAUUGAAAACCGUGCAACAGAAAUUGAACCACGCCAAUCUAAAUCCAACAAUGGACUUACUGGAGGUCAUUUUUGCUUUGUCGAUUGUGGAUAGGGUCCGCAAGACCGUUUUUGAUAGGAAUUGGCAAAAGUCGCCUAGUGAUUUAGGUUUAACUCAAAACAAUAUCUUCCAGGAUAGCAGUUGUGUUUCACUGCCAUUCCCUCCCCUUCCUGUAGCCAUUCAAAACCCUGCUACCGCUCAUAGAAACAUAUCAACGACUGCAACACCCGCCACUCCAAGGCCCGCACCAACAUUAGCUGAAGUUUUGCAGUGUCCUGACUUUCAGACUUGGUUUCUGGGACAACAGGGCACUCAUGAAACUCCAUCUGGAGGACCAAAUCAUUCUACUAGGAUCCCUGCAACUGCAUCUAGUCCUCAUACUCAUUGGCAGCCUACACCCACUCGCACUACACCUUCCACUCAUCAGCAACCCAUGCCAGCACAAUCAAAUAUCCCAGCCGCUUCAAACCCUUCUCGCAUUACUACAACUCGGUCGUUUGACUCAGACUCCAUGGAUGUGUCGGAUUCCCCAGAUUCUAUAUCUUCAGAGUCGUCUAUCAGGCCUGAUAUAGUUAUAGCCUUGCAGGAAGCACUUCAUGGACAAGAUGUCGUUCAAGAUUCUGCCUCUAACCUUGAUUCUGAACAAGAUACAGAAACCAAUGAUGGGCGCCGUGGGCCCAUGUGGGACCAGCCCAGCUUUUCAUCAGCAUUUUCUGUAUAUGAUAACCUUCAGCAUCUAGGUGCCGAACAACAUGGGUUACCCCCACCAUAUGACACUGUCAUAAAUAACCAGCCAGUCGUCUAUAUACAAAAUGGAAUUAUUGUGAGGAUCAACCAAAGACAGUAG